AUGACUUGUGGUGCGGCACUUUCUGGCCAAGCUAGCCUCCCUACAACCAAUUCUACCAAGUCAUUCUGGCACAGUGACCCCUCCACGAUCCUUCUCGGGCAUCGGACCACAGCAUCCUUGCCCACAGAAGCAGACGUCGUGAUUAUUGGAAGUGGGAUAUCUGGUUCCAGUGCUGCACACUUCCUUCGGGAAGAUGAUCGAGGAAAGGAUCUCAGGAUCGUGAUGUUAGAGGCGAGAGAAGCAUGCUGGGGAGCAACAGGCCGUAAUGGAGGCCACUGUGCCCCAGGAGCAUAUUUUCUACCUCCCGAUGUGCGAGAGUUUGAGUUGCAAAAUUUCAAGACUCUGGAGGCACGCGUCGCCAAACACAGCAUUCCUUGCGACUGGAGAAGUCUCUCUGUUGUUCACUCGUUUCUAUCAAAGCCAAUGUUCGAUCUCGCUGUACAGAUGUACGAGGAGAAUUCCAAGAAGGACCCAGGGGUAGUAAAGCAAGCCAAAAUCAUUACCAAAGACUCAGUAUCCCCAUCUUUGAAAGAUCUUCGCACCCCGUCUGCAGUUGGCGCGAUUGUUCAGACGCCCGCCGCCAGUCUCUGGCCUUACAAACUCGUUGCUUGGAUUCUGGAGAACUUGCUACAAUUGAACAAUGCCUCCAAAUCGCCAUUUAAUUUACAAACCAAUACUCCAGUUACCCAUCUGCAGAAGACCGACGAUGGACCCUGGAUCGUGCAUACAUCUCGUGGUAUGAUCGCCGCCAAACAAGUACUUCUAACCACCAACGCAUAUACAUCGCAUCUGCUCCCUGAAUUCAGCGAUCUCAUUGUUCCAGUAAGAGGUGAGAUGAGCAGCCUUCUUCCACCAAAAGACAUGUCGCCAGGCACAAAUAACCCACCACUCGUCAAGACAUACUGCUUCCUCGGAAAUGGAGACCAGAAUAUCAAUCAAGAUGACUACCUUGUGCAAAGGCCUUUCUCUGGCCAUGGCAGCGGAGGAGAGUUUAUGUUCGGAGGUGGAAGAUCAUAUGCUUCAGGUGCCGGCCUUGGCGUAUCAGACGAUUCUGAAAUCGAUCCUCCUGCCGCAACAUAUCUUCGACAAGAACUCAGUAAAGUAUUGGAUUUGAAAAAUGAUGGGCAGGAGUUGAAAGCAAGUUAUGAGUGGAGUGGGAUCAUGGGAUACAGCCGUGACGAGAAGCCUUGGGUUGGAGAAGUGCGUGAGGAUUUAGGACUCGGGGGUGGAGAGGGGUUGUGGAUCUGUGCUGGCUUUACUGGUCAUGGCAUGCCCAAUACGUCCUUGAGUGCUAAAGCCGCAGCCGAUAUGAUGAUGGGAACGUCGAUGGAGGACGUCUUUUUACCGGCGGCGUACGAGUUGACCAAGGAACGAGUGAAGCGGGCAAGGACGUUUGACGAGGUGCACAUUGCCGAUGCCAAUGGGUUCCGUUGA